AUGUCGAUUUGCAAAGAGUUCGGAAAAGAUAAAGUUAUAUUUGCCACAGAAGAAGAUCAUAAGGUCCCUAGUACAAUUAAGCUUCCAGAACCUGAUCCACAACCUGGCUUGAUACUCCCGAAUGGUGAUAUCAAUUGGAAUUGUCCUUGCUUGGGUGGAAUGGCAACAGGUCCAUGUGGUUACGAAUUCAGGAAUGCAUUUAGUUGUUUUCAUUAUUCAGAAGCAGAUCCAAAAGGAAGUGAUUGCUACGAAAAAUUCAAAACAAUGCAGACAUGUAUGCAACAAUAUCCUACAUUAUAUAAUAAGGAUAUUGCAGAUGACGAUGAUUUUACUGGUCUGGAUGAACCAAAGGGAAAUUUAACUGCACCAAAUGAAAGUAAAGGGUCCACUACCAAAGUAGAAAGUGAGAGUGCAUCAUCUAAAACUGAAAUUAAGAAUCCAGCAUAGGCUAUUUUUCUAGAAAAAAUAUUAAUUAACAUUGUGAAUUGUUUUGUUAAUUGAUAUUUUAUAAGUUCUACUAUCAUUAGUACAGGUGUAAAGAGUAGUUCAGUCUCAAGAAAUGUAUAACUUGUUUGUUUCCAAGGUUUAUAAUGACUGUAACUUGUAAUUAAUAAACCUUCUGUUAAGUUGAA